CGGACGGUAACAUCCGGGAGCUUCGCGCCAUGUGGAGGAAAAAUGGCGACCAUAGUUGUGCCGCCAAAUGUGGUAAAGAACUGGGAAAAAUCGGGAAAAGAUGAUGUUUUUCGGCUGUGUAAAAACUGCGUGCGGGGCAAAGAAGGAGAGCUGUCGCUGUCUGAUUCGAACUUUCAGUGCGGGGAAAAUGAUCUCAAGCGCGUGAUCUAUGAAGUGUUUUGCCACGUUAUUCGAGGCGAUCUGAAGCAAGAAGAUGCCCUUUCGUUGCUGUCAGAUGUCACGGAAUUUCAUUCAGGAUGUGCAUCACUGCUGGCUGACCUGAUAUGUAUCUUGGAUGUGGAAAGCCAGUGUGCGGAGGACAAGCCGAGCAGAGAAAGAUUCCUGUCAUUGGUCGCAGCUUUAGUGGGAUUGGUUCCAGAAGCUCUGCUCAAGGAAAGGCUGGAUGUAGAGACACUGGACACAUUAGGAAUCAUUCCAUCGACAAAGGCUUUUAAUCAGAAAUAUGUUAGGACCAAGACUAAACUCUUCUACAAGCAACAGAAAUUCAAUCUUUUAAGGGAAGAGAGUGAGGGAUAUGCUAAACUGGUGACGGAAUUGGGCCAGGAAAUCAGUCGACAUGUUACUAGUGCAACAGUUCUGGAGAACAUCAAGUCUUUGAUAGGGCGGUUUAAUCUUGAUCCUAACAAAACUCUUGAUGUGCUGCUAGACUCCUUUGAAUGUCGCAUUGAUCUGGAAGACUUCUUCCUUCCUCUGUUGAAAUCAUACAUGGAAAAGUGUGAAUCUACUGCUCUCUGUCACAUAAUAGGCUUUAAAUUCCAGUUUUAUAAGGAUCAACCAGACUUAGCCACCCCUCCCUCACUCUUCCAUUUGACAGCUCUGCUAAUAAAACAUGGACUCCUUGAUUUGAAUGAUCUUGUUGAGAAAGUCUGGUGUGGCCUUUUGACACUGGUAGAUGAAGUUCUUUUACCUUCAAUUUCACUCCUUGAAUGCAACUCCAGCUUAGCAGAAGAGCUGUGGGCCAUGCUGUGUCGUUUUCCUUAUGAGCUCAGGUAUCGACUUUAUGGUCAGUGGAAAAAUGAGUCAUAUGGCAAUCAUCCAAAAAUGGUCUUGGCAAAGGCCGCGACAAUAAAGAGAGCAAAAUACAUUACGAAGAGAUUAACCAAAGAGAAUGUCAAACCCUCUGGAAGGCAGAUUGGCAAACUUAGCCACAGUAAUCCAGGCAUCUUGUUUGAAUAUCUGUUGUCACAGAUUCAGAAGUAUGAUAAUUUUAUUGGACCAGUAGUGGACUCGCUCAAGUACCUCACUCCACUGGCAUACGAUGUUUUAGCUUAUUGUAUUAUUGAAGCUCUGGCAAAUCCAGAAAGAGAAAGACUAAAACAUGAAGACACUAACAUUUCAGAGUGGCUAAAAAGUUUAGCAGUGUUUUGUGGCACUGUUUUCCGCAAGUACUCCAUUGAACUUACAGGUCUUCUGCAGUAUGUGGCAAACCAGCUCAAGGCUGGGAAGAGCUUUGAUUUGCUUGUCCUGAAGGAGGUGGUACAGAAAAUGUCUGGAAUUGAGAUAUCAGAAGAGGUGACAGCAGCACAACUAGAAGCUCUGUCAGGUGGUGAACUUCUAAGGGCUGAGGGUGGAUACUUUGGUCAGAUAAGAAACACAAAGAAGUCUUCACAGCGUCUGCGUGACACACUGUUAGAAGGAAAGUUAGACUUGCCAUUGUGUCUUCUUAUGGCUCAGCAGAGAAAUGGCAUUGUGUUCUAUGAAGAUCCUGACAGGCAUUUGAAGCUUGUUGGAAAGCUCUAUGACCAGUGUCAAGAUACUCUGGUCCAGUUUGGUGGCUUCCUUGCAUCACAGUUAACUGCUGAAGAGUAUGAGUCACAUCUGCCGUCACUAGAUGUCUUAGGGCAAACUUAUCACCUCACACCUGAUGCGGCAUUCUUUCUUUCCAGACCAAUGUUUGUACAUCAGAUAGAUACUAAGUAUGAGGAAGCAAAGAAGGCCAUUGCUGCUAAAGGAAAACAACUACAACAAAAGUUUUUUAAAGGUUUAGCAGUGUUUUGUGGCACUGUUUUCCGCAAGUACUCCAUUGAACUUACAGGUCUUCUGCAGUAUGUGGCAAACCAGCUCAAGGCUGGGAAGAGCUUUGAUUUGCUUGUCCUGAAGGAGGUGGUACAGAAAAUGUCUGGAAUUGAGAUAUCAGAAGAGGUGACAGCAGCACAACUAGAAGCUCUGUCAGGUGGUGAACUUCUAAGGGCUGAGGGUGGAUACUUUGGUCAGAUAAGAAACACAAAGAAGUCUUCACAGCGUCUGCGUGACACACUGUUAGAAGGAAAGUUAGACUUGCCAUUGUGUCUUCUUAUGGCUCAGCAGAGAAAUGGCAUUGUGUUCUAUGAAGAUCCUGACAGGCAUUUGAAGCUUGUUGGAAAGCUCUAUGACCAGUGUCAAGAUACUCUGGUCCAGUUUGGUGGCUUCCUUGCAUCACAGUUAACUGCUGAAGAGUAUGAGUCACAUCUGCCGUCACUAGAUGUCUUAGGGCAAACUUAUCACCUCACACCUGAUGCGGCAUUCUUUCUUUCCAGACCAAUGUUUGUACAUCAGAUAGAUACUAAGUAUGAGGAAGCAAAGAAGGCCAUUGCUGCUAAAGGAAAACAACUACAACAAAAGCAAAUUCUUCAGUGUUACAUUGAAGCUGUAAAUUCUGUUAUGGAGCCUGUGUUUCAAAGUGCUCGGCUACUACAAGUACCUAAAGUGUGGAAUAGCAUCAGCCCACAGUUGUAUGUGACGUUCUGGGCUCUGUCCAUGUUUGAUUUGUACGUCCCAUCUGAACGAUAUGAACAGGAGUUGAGCAAAUUAAAACAACAACAGGCACAGUUGGACGAUAACAAAGACAUGCCUGUCAGCAAGAAAAAGAAAGAGAAAGAAAGAUGUUCUCUUUUGGUAGAAAAAUUAAAAGAAGAGUUUAAACAGCAAGAAGAACACAAUCAGCGAGUGAUGGCUUCUCUUAAACACGAAAGAGACUCUUGGCUUCCAGCAAAAGCGACAAAGAGUGAGACAAUCACGCAAUUUCUUCAGCUCUGUAUGUUCCCAAGAUGCGUGUUUACUGCAAGCGAUGCUGUGUACUGUGCCAAGUUUGUUCACAUGCUGCAUAACCUCAAAACGCCAAACUUUUCAACGUUAUUGUGCUUCGACAGAGUUUUUUCGGAUAUUUCAUACACUGUAGCAAGCUGUACAGAAAACGAAGCCAGUAGAUAUGGUCGGUUUUUAUGUUCAAUGCUUGAAAUAGUGAUGAGAUGGCACGGUGAUAAGAAAACUUACGAGAAGGAGUGCGGUAGCUACCCUGGAUUUGUGACAGUUUUGAGAGCUACUAACAAUGAUAAGGCGGAUCACUUAGACUACGAGAAUUACAGACAUGUCUGUCACAAGUGGCAGUACAAACUCACCAAGGCUCUUGUGGUUUGUUUGGAAUCAAAGGAUUAUACACAAAUUCGAAACACAAUCAUGGUUUUAACAAAGAUUUUGCCAUAUUAUCCUAAAGUGUUAAACCUUGGUCAAGCUUUGGAAAGAAGAAUCGAUAAAAUCUGCGAAGAGGAAAAGGAAAAGAGACAAGAUAUUUAUACUUUAGCAGUAGGGUAUGCAGGUCGCUUGAAGGUUAAGAAGCGAGACAUGGUUGUAGAGAGCGAGUUUCAUCACAAAGAAAAGCCGCCUGUAACAGCCACCCCGGCAUCAAGUCAAAGCGAAACCGUUGCUGUUAAACAAGAGAAAAUGGAAGCUCCGGCGACUCCUGCAGUGAAUUCAGACACAACAAAAAGUGUGAAGAGUGAAUCUGACGUGAAACCCAAAGCUGCAGUGAAUAUCAAGAAAGAGCCAAGUGGUUCGAAAUCCUCCAGUCCCAGUGCGACGAAAACCGAGAGCGCGCCUUCCUCGCAAGAGAAGUCCGCUGGUAAAUCAAGUGCAGGCUCAUCCAACACGAAAUCAUCAGGCACCAGUACCCCAAGUGGUCAGUCGUCCCGGUCAGGUCCAGCUGACUCACCAAGCAGGACCACGCCAACUAACAAAUCUGGCACUACAAACAGUAACUCUAGUCAGCAAGCGUCGAAAUCCACUGCGUCCAAUGCGAGCUCUAAAGGCACGAAAACUCCAACUAAUGUGAAAACAGAAAACAACACGAGCACGAAUGGAAAUGACGUGUCCAUCAGCAAAAAGACUGAAUCCAGUAAACAGAAACUGAAGGAGAAGGAAAAAGAUAAACAGAUUGACAAGGAACAAAAUGACAAACCCAAAGAAAAGGUGAAAGGAGAAAAAGCUGAGAAAAUAAAAGAACAGAAAACAAAAGACAAAGAAAAGGAACGAAGUAAGAGUAAAGAAAAAGAAGGGAAAGAUAAAGUGAAAGAACGGUUGAAAGACAAGGACAGAGAACGGUCUGGGAGUAAAAGCAAACAUUCUUCACCUGUAGUUCCUGAGUCACCGCGUGAUGGAGAGUACGAAAAAGAGCCGAAGCGUCGGAAACUUGAAGGCAUCUCAUCACCCUCUUCACAGGAAAACUCUCCAGCCCGGUUAGCUGGCGAUUCCGACUCAUUUAAGAGUCCCGAGAACCAGGAGAGGAAAUCAAAACUCACGGAAUACGAAAAGGAAAAGGCUUCAAAAUCAGACAGGAAACGGUCUUCAUUAGAUCCUGCUGAGGGUAAAGAAGCCAAAAGAAGAAGAGAAGACACCGAUGUCACUGUUGUUGUGUCCAAAACUUCCAACUCACACGGCGCUGAAACCAAAGUCAAAGUCAAGAGCGAGGACAAGCAAAAAGUCACGAAAAUUGUACGAAAAGUGACAGCUGAUGCCUCACCACCGGCGGGAAAGAAAGAGAAAGAAAAAGACAAAGAACGAGAAAAAGACAAGGAAGUCAAACCAGCAGCGAGUAAAAAGAAAGAAGCGCGUCACCAAGAAGUCAAAGACUCAGAAUCCAAGGAAGAUGAACGAUCCAGAAAACAUCAUUCCAGAUCAGCUUCAAGAAAUCGAAGAACCUGAACAUAGAGAAACAAUGAAGAUAUUUUUGUCCUUCUCCGUCAUGGCGCCAUCCAGCAGUCCUGUCGCUCAAACGUACAAUACAAUCCCUCACGCCCAGAAUAACAUGACCGGCAGUUGUGCUCAAAACAAGAGUCAAAACUGAGUUUUACUUCCACAGCGGAGAUAAUGUGUUAUAGUAGAGUUUCUUAAUAUUUUGCGUUACAUCAUUGUUCGCAUGGACUCGGUCACGUGUGAACGAAGCAUCAUGUAAUCGUAACACUCUUCGUUUUUAACCUUUUUUUUAAGUCUUCGCCAGCGUACUCUGACACUUUGCUAAUGAACAAUGCUGAGAAAACCAGCACGUAGUGAAUGGAAUAAAGUAUUUUGAAGUACGACUUUCAGUGCUAAGAAACAGAAUUGAAUAAAUUCUACUUUGUACAGUAACA